AUGAGGGCCCUAGCACUCCUCUUCCUCCUCAUUGCGGCCAAUGAAGCCAAAGUAUUUCAAAAAUGUGAACUGGCUUCACUUAUGGAAAGAAAUGCUUUGGGUGGAUUUAGAGGCUACAGCUUGGGCAACUGGAUCUGUAUGGCUUAUUAUGAGAGCGGAUUCAACAGCCGAGCUGUGGGGCCACGAAACAGGGAUGGCAGUCGUGACUAUGGGAUUUUCCAGAUAAACAGCCGCUAUUGGUGCGACGAUAACGAGGGUCCUACAGCUAAUGGCUGUAAUAGUCCUUGCAGUGCUUUCAUAAAUGAUAACAUCACAGAAGAUAUUGCUUGUGCUAAGAGAAUUGUCAGUGAUCCCCAAGAGAUGGAUGCCUAG